AGCAACACGGAUCGGGUCAGUUCAGUCGUGCAGGUCCAGCCAGUCUCCUCCCUCUUCACUCUCCCCUCCCUCGGCGUCACUCUUUCACUCUUUCCCCUCCCCCCUCCUACCAAGUCGUGAUUCCCCCCCUCUCUUUCUCUCACUCUCCCGCCCUGCAUCACCCCGUGCUCUAUAUAAAGUGUGCCGCUUUGACAAGCUCAUGCCCAGUUUGCGACCAGCCGUCGUUCGAGGUGCAGGGUUUUUUGUUUUUCGCUAUUCGUCGCGUGAGUUAGUUACGUGGACGCAUUGUUGGGUUUCCCCCGUCGGUGCGCGGUCGCGAGCUGUGAAGCAGAGAGAGAGACGUGUGCGCGAGGUCGGUGCAGCGGCCUCCGUGAUGGAGUAGGCCCGCCCGGGGAGAGACAGAGAGAGUGACUGCAGCAGGAGUUGCCCCGGGACUGUCGUGGGGCGAUGCACACCGCCGCGACGCUGCUGCUGGUCGCCGCGACGCUGGUCGUCGUGGCGGGCAGGAGGCAGACCCCGCUCAGGGACCCGCUGGAGCCGGGCAGGAUGCGCUCCGCAGAGUGCCAGUUCGGGCGGCAGAUGAAGGAGCUGGGCUCCACGUGGUUCGCGGACCUGGGUCCGCCCUUCGGCGUCAUGUACUGCAUCAAGUGCGAGUGCGUGGCGGUGCAGAAGAAGCGACGCAUCGUGGCGCGCACGCACUGCCGCAACAUCAAGAGCGAGUGUCCCCAGCCGAGCUGCGAGGACCCGGUGCUGAUGCCGGGCCGCUGCUGCAAGACCUGCCCCGACGACUACAGUCCAGACAUGAUGGAUCCGCCUCCGUCCAUCGAAGAUGAGGACAAGAACAUGAAAGACUACGCGGCGCUGCUGACGGGCCGCACCUCGCUGGUGCUGAAGAGGGACGACGCGCUGAUGGCGCCCUCCACCUCGCACAACAGCUACGACCUGGUGGCCACGGGCCGCUUCACCUUCCACCGCCGCAACCUCUACUACUCCUUCUACACGCCGGAGGCGGCGGGCCGGCCGCGCGCGCUGCAGUUCGUCGACGUAGAAGGCAACAUCCUGGAGGAGCAGGCGCUGGUGCCCCCGGACGGCGUGGUGCGCAGCGCCUACCAGAACGCCACGGGCAAGGUGUGCGGCGUGUGGCGCCGGGUGCCCCGGGACUACCGCCGCCUGAUCCGCGAGCAGCGCCUCUACGUGUGGCUGAUCUGGGGCGGCGGCAGCUGGCCCGAGCAGUCGCUCAGCGGCCAGGUGGCCAGGUACAAGGCCCUGAGCUCGGAGAUGUUCUCGUCGCUGCUGCAGCCGGCGGAGGACGGAGACCGCGUGGCCAUGCACGGGGCGGGAGGGACGGCCAUCGUGUCCACGAAGCACGGCACGCCCUCCGUCCACAUCUCGCUCGUCUUCAACGGCGUGUUCGCCCCCGACGAGAUAGAGAACGUGCCCGUCGUGGUCCGGCUGGAGCACCCGGAGAAGGACCACGUGGUCUUUGAGGAGGAGGUGCGGGUGCCGAAGCCGGCCCACGAGCUGAACGUGGUGGAGGUGCGGUCCCCCGUGUCGGUGCAGGACCUGCGCCACCUCACCCGAGGUCACCUGGUGCUGUCGGUAGCCUCGCGGCGCAGCCCCCGGGAGCUGAGGCUGCAGGGCAGGGUGGGCACCCGCGUCGCCUGCGAGAUCUUCCAGACGCCGCUGUCGUCGGUCCGCCCGGACCCCGAGGAGAAGGACCCGCGGGCGCCCGAGGGGGGCGAGGCCUCGGGACUGGCCUGGCUGUACGUGGGGCGCGACGGCGCGCUGGCCUACAGCGUGCAGGUGGCGGGCCUGCCGGACGGGGAGACGCCCUACGUGACGGUGUCGUCGGGGCGCGGGCGGCGCCGCGAGGACCUGGAGGACCUCACGCCCUCCUUCCGGCGCGGCUGGGCCAACGGCAGCGUGGGCGCGCCCGGACCGCGUGAGCUGGAGGAGCUGUACGCUGGCGAGCUGAGCGUGGACGUGGCAGUCAGCUCCGCCGGGCGCGUGGCGGUGACGCGCGGGCGGCUGCAGGCGAGGCCCGUGGCCGACGCCAGGGACUCCCCUGCGCCGGCGCUGCUGACCCGCCCGCCCGGCGCGCCCGGUCCUCUGGAGCUGGUGGCCAUGGCCUGGACCGCCGUGCUGGACGACUGCAGCCUCGUGUACGAGGUGGUGAUGUCGGGGCCGAGCCCUCACGACGGCGCCCUGCAGCUGUACCUGGAGUCGGUGCCCCUGGACCUGCCCGGGGCCCCGCGGAGCCGGCGGCUGCUGGAGGAGUUCCGCGGCGACCAGGUGGAGGGCUUCGACAACGCCGCGAGCCCCGGCGACCUCAUGCAGCUGGAGGCCGGGGUCUCCUCCCUCGAGGUGGUGGACGCCGGCACGGGCGCCGUGCUGCUGCGCGGCCGGAUAGCGCAGGUGAAGCUCCCGCUGAACUGCCUGCCCCAGUACCGCGACAACGACGUGCCCGCCGACCCACAGACGCAGACGCACGGGGACACGCCCCCCGAGGGGAAGACGUGCUUCCACGAGGGGGCCUUCCGCGAGGACGGCAGCCAGUGGAGGCCGCGCUCGGACCCGUGCCUGGUGUGCAGCUGCCUGCGCGGCCACACACGCUGCGACGCCAUGGUGUGCCCCCCGCUCCGCUGCCCCGGGGGGGAGGCCCCCGUCCGCCCGUCCUCCCGCGAGUGCUGCCCCGUCUGCAACGGGACGGUGGUGCAGCCGGAGAGCAACACCAGCGCCACGCGCGGCUGCUACAUGGGCGGGCUGUUCUACCCCGCGGGGCGCUCCUGGCACCCCUACCUGCCGCCCAACGGCUUCGACACCUGCACCGUCUGCUCCUGCGCCGCGGACUCCCUGGAGGUGCACUACCACCGCACGGAGUGCCCCCCGCUGGCGUGCGACGAGAAGCUGGCCGUGCGGCCCGACAAGAAGGCGUGCUGCCGGCAGUGCCCGCCCGCGCCGCCGGCCGACGAGCCCGGGGACCAGCCCCUGGCUCUCCCGGCGCGCCCCGCUCCCCGGGACGUGCUGGCCUCCGGGGGCUGCCGGGGGGCGGGCGGCGCGGGGCUCUACGGCAACGGCGAGGAGUGGCACCCGCGCGUGUCCCCGCACGGCGAGAUCAAGUGCGUCACCUGCAGCUGCAAGGACGGCAAGACGAGGUGUGAGCGCAAGCGCUGCACGCGAUCAGCCUGCCGUGCUGGCCAGGCGAGCGACGGCACGGACGACUGCUGCCCGCUCUGCAAGCGACACAGGAGACACCACAAGCCGCCCGCCAACAGUUGAAGGCCGGCCGCUUGCACUGCAGAGUUUCUCCACGGGGGGGAAAAAAAGCGAUAUUUAUCACCACAAAGAAAUAAAUUUCACAGAAAUUCCUUCCAGAAUAAAUGUUUCUUGUAAAUUUUUUUAAAAUUUUUUUUUACUCUUGACGCGUGGAUUUUUUUUGGAGCCGGGAAAGAGACUCGGAACAUCGUCAUAUCGUGGAAUGUGAAUCGACACACCAAUAAAUGGCGUUGUACAGUUAUCAAACUUUUAGAGGUUGUUUCAAGGGAGUAGGCUGAACUCUUGUGAUUUGCGGUAACGUUGCGUGUGCCCGAGAGAUUUUUUUUUUAUUUGGCUCGAGAACGUUCCUUGCAAUGAAAUCAUAGAGCUGUCUGCAGAUUUUAAACACAAAAUGUUUGGGAUGUACGGUAAAGUUACAGUUGCAUGAAGCGCGUUAACUAUCCCGGUUGUUUCUUUCAACAGCAGUUCUGCAUGGUGUGAGGCUGUCUAUGACCCACUGUCGCAGAUGCAUCCGUCACGUAACAAGGAUUCGGAAGUGGCCUUGUAUUCUAAGGAAGCUGCAUAGUUUGGAACGGGCUGAUUUUGUAGGAAUUUGCAUUUGUACAUACAUUUUGUGCUGAGAUUUUGCCUGCAUUUUUUUAAAUUUUUGUUUUUAACUUAUUGCAGAACAUGUAAAUAAACUUUUUGUGGUGAUGAGCGUUUGCUUGAGUUACACCGAGAGUAUAUUUUCCAAGCACUAAACCACAUAUCACUCAUGAUUGUGUACAUACAACUUAGUUAUUUUCUGUACAUAUGUAUUGUGUCUGUGUUUAGGCAGUUUUCAAGAGAAUUCCCAAUUAAGUUAUAUUUUUGUACAAUCCGGAACUGUGUAUGUUGGUGCCUCGUGCGUAUGCACUGGGGUUAAGUCAAAGCAAGAGAGAGAGUAAUUGUUACCCUUUAAACCAAAGAAGACUGAGAAAAAAAUGAAGCUUAUAAACGUAAUCGGUAGACUCUUUCUAUAUUAUUUAUUACUAAGUCUGUUGUAACAGUAACAAAUUAGAUCAGCAUUAGUUGUAGAGACAAUUAAAUGUACGUAACGUGUUUUUCUUGCUGAGUAAGGUGACCUGUGAAAGAUUGUUGAUCAUUUGUAAAUCAGUAAUCUCGAGCACCGAAUCACCAAGUUGUUGUUAAGACUAGAGAAUACUAUACUUACGUUGUGCUUAGCUAAUAACAAAGAAUUGCUGAAUCACAGCAUAAUUAAUGAAAUGUACUUAUUGGUAUUGUACGUUGCAAACGGUUCUGUUGAACUUUCACAGAGUGGCUGGAAAGUAAUAGUCUAUCUACCAUUAGUCUUCAUUUAAAAUUAUUUUUUUGUGUGUAUGCAUAACUGUAUGUUUCUGAUUUACAGAUGCAAAGUAGAUAACAGUAUUAAAAACUUUGAGGCUACAAUAGACAGACAAUGUUAACUGAGUUUCAUAUAAUUUCUUUAUAUUCUAGAAGUAUGCAAUUAUAAAACUUAUGACAUGUGGCCUUUCUUUGAUUUAAAUUUUGAAGUAGGAAGUAGUGCUAUGAUUCACUAGUGUACCCAUAUGGUUGAGAUUUGAGUGUUUCUAAUAUAUAACACACUUGUCUUUUUGAUAAAAUGUUUAGAAUACAUUAUCUAGCUGAGUAGGUACCAGCACAAUUAAAUUUUUGUCUUUGGUAACGCAUUACAAUAUUUUAUAAGAAUAUUUAUUUUAUCAUAACAAAGGACAAUUUAAAUCUGUGUGUAUUAUUGGGACGGGCUAUAAUGUUGUAAUGUUUCUAGGAGGUUGGUAGUGCUGCAUCAUUGUGAUGUUCUAGAAAAUGUUAUGAAUCUCUUGAUUAAAUUCUUGUCCAAAAAAUGAUUACGUGCCAAAUAUCUCUGCGUGAAAAUUAUAUUUAUCACUUUGGAGUCUUCCAAAAACAUGCUUUUGAGAAUUGUUUACAGUAGUAUAUUUUUCAUACUAGAAUAGUGGUCCAUGCUUUUACACACUGAGUCACUUAGAGUUGUAAUUAAAAAACAAGAGAAAAAAUACAAUAUUUUGUUAAUUAUACAAGUCACUAAUAUGUGUACUAUUGAAUAAAAUAUUAAUUUAUUGUGACUACAAAAAAAUGGUAAGAAAUAGUUCUUUGUAACUAUGUAAUUAUGUAUUUUGGAUAUUUAAAUGUGGCAUUCUGAGUUUUAAAGUGCCUUUUCACAUUGUCACAAUUUUUUAUAGCUAACAAAUUUAUUAAUAAAAAAUAAAAGAAAUAUAUUUCCAGUUUCUUAAAUAGCUGACCACUUUGGAGGAGAAAAUAAAGAAGACUGCUAAAAAUCAUAAAUUUAUCCAAAAAUUAUCAAAAUAUCCUAUUUCAGUUGGUUUUUAUUUUUAUUUAUUGAUAGUUAAUAAACACUCAAUAGAUGCUAUUGGUUAGAUAACCUCAGCUGACAAAUGGUUUUUCAAUAAUAAAGAACAUUACAUGACUUGAGUUCAUUUUCAAAAGUUGGUGAAAUCAAAGAAACUUUUUAACUUGAAAUCAUACAAACAUCAUGUAGAGACUAACUGGAUUACAAACCUAUCCAUGUAUCCAAGCAUGUUAUCAUUCUUCAAAAAAAACAUAUUGUAAAGUAGUAUUUCAGUGGUUUUAACAAGAAGCUGCUACCUAGAACAUAGAAUUGCCAGAUUAUUAUUUUUGGUUAAUCUUGAACCUUGUUAUAACAUUCACCUGCUAGGAGCAAGAAGAAAAAGUUUUAUGAGCAGGAUACGUACAUUUUUAAGAAUAAUAUUUUCUUUCUUUCUUAUGUUAUUUAAUAGACAGUUCAAUGACAAGCACCAUGCAUUGCUCAUAGUUCAUAGUACUUUAAGGCUGAUUAAGUGAUAUUAUAAGUAAGAAAUGUUAAAGAAUAAAAUGUUAUAUGUAAUACAUACGCACAAAAUUUAUGUUUUUUCUCAUGGGUUAAAGACUCGGAAAUUUCGCGGAUUUGUUUGGCGCCAGGCUGAAAUUCAACCAACGUUUGCUUUUCCAUCAGCCAAUGUCUAAGUGAGACCCUUUUGUGACAUACCUGAUUGGCUUACUUCUCUUCUAUCUGUAAUGGUUUCAUUGUCUCGAAGGGGCGUGUCCAUAUAACUGCAGUUCAAUCAUGGACACAGUGCUAGAGCGUGGAGAUUUGCAUUCUAGCUUGCAACCAAAUGAAUCUGCGACAUUUCCGUACUUCUACUCACAAAGGAAUCCUUUACUCUGCAAAAUGCAGGCGAAAGACGUGACCACAAAUGCUACGACAGUGUUCUGCUGUAUUUUGCAUCAGACCUGCUGAGUUAUAGGUUUUAUCUUUUUAUUUAUUCUUAAAUUGUACAUCGAGGUUCUACACAAGCUGGACUGCAUGUAAAACUGCACUCUGACUGGUCGUCUGUGGCCACGGUUGCUAAGGCCACCUCAUAGGUGAAGAAAUUAAUCUCAUUAUUUCCUUCCCCUCUCUUUCUUUCCGACUUAAUUAAUUAAUUUACAUGCACAUUCUGUAUCCUAAUUAUUUAAUUUUUGAAGGUCCAUCUUGUUAUCUGCACACAACUCUUGAACUAUCAACUUUUCCGUCUAGAAGUACCUAUUUGAGAUGUAAGGAUGUGUAUUAAAUACACUUUUUGCACACUGUAGUUUUAAGCAUGUCAGUAGAAAGAAUUGAAUUGGCUUGUUAGUGCAGAGACAGUAUAAUAAUAUAUAUAAUUUUUUUUUUAAAUUUUACAUGUGCAUGUUUGUGUAAAUGUUUUGAUUGUUUUUUUUUUUGUUUUUUUUUUUAAAUACUCACCACGUACCUGUUAGUGUACAAUGAUGCGCUGCCUGUGGAAUUUCUACAAAUUAAGUUACUGUUGCCACAUUUGCCGAGUUUAAAGUUUUAAAAUAUAAAAAAAAUGAUUAAAACCAACUUUCAUACAGUUUUUUUUUAGUUUGGUUCAUAUGAAAAAUAUAAAAUUUAAAUUUUAUUAAAAUCAACUUAAAACUGAUGUAAUGUCUUUCGUCAUUAUUGGGAGAAAUUUGUGAAUUAAUUUGCUGACUCCAAUCACACGCACAUUUAUAUGAAUUUAUUUUAUAACGCAAGCAUUAAAUAUUCAUUGUGGCGUAAAUGACAAGACUGUAGAGACUGUAGAAAGUCAGUGGUGACUACCAGAAUUAAAAGUUGUAAUCAGUAGCACACAUAACUUAAAUGUACUAAAAGAGCAAAAUCAGCCAAUGAUGAUGAAUGUGCAUUUGAUAGAUGCCAACCCUGAUAAAAAAAUCUUGCAACACCAAGGGAAUUAGUCAUUAGCAAACUGAUGUAGAGCAACACUGUCUUCGUGGCAAAUAAAUUUACUAUCUCGAGCAUGAAGGAGAUUAGAAGGUUGCUUAAUUCACAAAAUUUUUCCAUUCCCUAACAACACAUUACGUAAGACUGCCAAGUUGCCAUGAGUGAACGUUGUGAAACACUUGCUGUCUUGUUAUUGUAAUAUUUGGCGCUGUGCCUUAUAGAAAUGUCGAGGCCGGAGGUAUUGGUCGGCUGAUUGGUUUCGCACUGGACAGAAAGAACAAUAAGUCAGUCCCACGUGGAUAUUAGCGGCACCGAAGUGAAUCUAGGGCUGAGCAGGACAUGCAAAACACCUUUUACAUCGUCAAUUUUUUCAAUUUUUUUUUCCCAUUUGAUCCGUUGAAUUCAGUCUGUUCACAUUGAUAUAAUAUAUUAUCACACCAGCAACAUUUUUUUUUUAAUUUGAUCAUUUGAAUUUAAUCCAUUGACUUUACAUUUAUUUGAUACAUGUGAAAUAAGAUUAUGUUUUUGGACUUGCUUCAGAAGUACAAAAAUUAUUUUAAAAUAUUAAUGAAAAUUCCAUUCAAGAAAAUAUAUAAUUUGUUGGAAACAAAAAUCUUGAAUGAAUGAACAUUACAUCCCUUAAACGACAAGAUGACCAAGUUUUUGAAUUAGAUGUGAUUUGAUGCGUAAAUGGAAUGUGUGAAACACCUCCAAAGAUGCUAAGAGACGUCUGGAAUGCAUCUAAACUGUGGUCCAGUUGCAGAAUCCGACCAAUGUGAAGAUCCAGCUCAUCACACACAGAGUUCAGCCUGCUGCAAGCCACAAACGUAAACUUGGAAUAGUCUGCCGUCAAAAGAAUCUAGGUGAAAUAUCUGUCAAUGUGACAUUUAUUGCCGUGUUUUUCGCAAGCAAAAAAAAAUUUUUUUUUAACACCUUGAAGCUAAAUUCCAAGUCAGGUUGAUAAGCAACUAUUAAUAUGAUUUUAAUAAAGUAUAAAUAAUGUGUUCUUAAUAUUAAAGGAUGUGUUCAUGGUUUUUUUACUCAUAAUUUAACUAUUCAUUGUAAUAAAAAAUAUAAAUAAUUUUAGCAUAAGUUUAUGCUCCUGUGCUGAGUAACAUAUAAUCUGCUGGUGACUUUUAAAUUUGAAAUUGCACAAUUCUUUGGUGAAAGUAAUUUGUAGAGAACAAACUAAUGUCACUGAGCAUCAUAUCUAUGGACAAAGUUGAAAAUGGAGAGGCUCAUUAUCCUGUGUACAUUAUGCAGUUGUUAUAUGACUUAAUUAUUUGUAAUGUGGUGUAUUACAUAUUUUUAAUAGUGUAUAAGUAUUACAGUAGUCACUAACAUAAGAUCUUAAGUUUAAACAUGUUUGCUGCGUCGUGAGUUGGGCAGUCAUUUGCCCGCAGGAAUGUAUAACGUUCACGUGAGACGUCGAGUGGGAUUGUCAAAAUACUGUUUAUGCUCAUGCUUAGCAAGUCUGUAAUGUGCCUAAUGUAUUAUGCUAUGAGUAAUACUGGCUUGUAUGUAUUGAAGAAUACUGGACAUUAAAAACAAAAACCUUCAA